AUGAACCUUUUCAACUCACUUUUUACCUUGGGAAUGCUGACCGGUCAGCAACAUUUUUCUGCUUCAAACAUUUGGGAUAAGAGUCGAUACAGUCACACACUAGCCAGAACAGCACCGGACAUGGCAAGAGACUUGGAUUAUGGAGCUUUCAUGGACAAAUUUGUGAUUGAAACAACCUCUCCAGCUCAUGAUCAACCAUUACAUGGCCUUACUUUUGCAGUUAAAGACAUAUUUGAUGUGGAGGGAUAUGUGACUGGAUUUGGUAAUCCUGACUGGGCAAGGACUCAUUCUGCUGCUACGUCAACUGCUCCUGCUGUUUUGGCUGUCUUAAGAGGAGGAGCCACAUGUGUUGGCAAAACUGUCAUGGAUGAAAUGGCUUACAGUAUAAAUGGAGAAAAUAUACAUUACGGCACACCUAUAAAUCCAUGUGCUCCCGAUCGUGUACCUGGAGGAUCUUCAAGUGGGUCUGCUGUUGCAGUUGGUGCGACACUAGCAGACUUCUCCUUAGGAACUGACACUGGAGGAAGUGUAAGAGUACCUGCAUCAUAUUGUGGAAUUUUGGGGUUUCGACCUUCACAUGAUGCUGUUCCUAGUGCAGGAGUUAUUCCCAUGGCACAAAGUUUUGAUACUGUGGGAUGGUUUGCCAGGGAACCUGUUAUUCUGAGUCGGGUUGGACACAUUCUACUUCCAUCACCUGUUACAAAUCCUGUCAAACCUAGUCAAAUCAUUAUUGCAGAAGAUUGUUUCCGGCUUUCAAGCAUUCCAAAAGAUCGACUUGGCCAAGUUCUUGUGAAAUCAGUGGAGAAGAUAUACGGAGACCAUAUUGUGAGGCAUACGGUCCUCGGGGACUAUGUCGAGGACAAAGUUCCAAGUCUGAAACAUUUUAUGAGUAAAGAAAUCAAAGAACAACAGUAUAACAUUCCAUCUUUGGCAGCCCUCUCAAAUGCCAUGCGGUCACUUCAAAGGUAUGAAUUCAAGGAUAACCAUGGCGAAUGGGUCACUACAGUCAAACCUGAUUUGGGUCCUGGAAUAUCAGAAAGGGUAUGGGAAGCUGUUAGAACAACCGGAGAAAACAUUGAUGUCUGUCACUCUGUAAAGACUGAACUAAAUGCUGCCCUUGCGACUCUCCUUCAGGAUUUUGGUAUCCUAGCUAUCCCUACUGUUCCAGGGCCUCCACCGAAACUGCAAACACAUCCAAUGACACUAGAAAUCUUUCGAGCUAAGGCUUUUAGCUUGCUGUCCAUUGCUGGAGUAUCAGGAUUCUGCCAGGUUAGCAUACCACUAGGUAUGCAUGACAAUCUUCCUGUAGCUGUUUCAUUGUUGGCAAAACAAGGUUCAGAUGCUUUCCUGCUGAAUGUUGUCGAGAGUCUUUAUGAUACCCUCAAGGAACAGGUUGAGAUUGCUGAAAAGUAA